UAAUUUCCCUUAUUAUGCAGAUUUGUGUAUAAAUUUUGAAAGUACAGUGGUGGUAUUGUAUGGUAUUCGAUCUUCAACUGAGUGAAAUAAAAGUCUCUAAAAGGUAGUACUAGUUAAGCCAGAAUUGAAAUGAUGUGAAAACCCGUUUCAGCGUGUAAAACAUGGUGUUCGUGUUCCUUGAGCGAAUCUUUUAGUUCUUAAAUAAUUUUAGAUGAACUACUAGUACAUGAUUGUGAUAUUCCGGAUCACAGCUGUUCAAAUUGCAGAGGAUUUUGAUAAAAAAAAUUAAUCAUUGAUUAAAAUCUCGUUGACUUUAAGUGGAAUAUUAUAUGAUAACACAAGGUAAGAUCCGGAUCAGUAGACAGGUGUACUAGUUCUCAUAUUUACUACAGAUAUUUGUUCUUGUAUUAUUAUUGUUGUAUUAUUCAUUGAGAACAAAUAUGGAAGUGUAUAUUAUGUGUUUUCGUCGUCUAUUGAUCGUGUUGAUUGUAACAUUGGAAUCCAUGUGUAAAUCGGAAGAUUGUUACUGUUUAAGGAAGCUAGUGGGCGAUAUCGAUAGUCCUGUGUUUGUAGAACAGGAUCCUGUGAAUAGAAGAUAUUAUGUGGCACAACAGUCCGGAGUUGUACAUAUAUAUUCAAAAGAUUGGGAGAAAGAGUCAAAACCUUUAGUCAAUUUAACAAAUGACGUUCACAUCUCUAACAAUAUUUGGGAUGAGAGAGGUUUACUUAGCAUUGCCUUGCAUCCACAGUUUCACAGUAAUAAUCUGAUCUUUACGUAUAGCAUUCGUCUGAUCAAUGGGAAAGAAUAUGCUGUCGUUUCAAAACUUGAGAUCCGACCUGAUCUACUGAAGGAAGAUAUUAUUCUAGCUAUUGAACAGGCAAACCAAAAGUUGAAUGGUGGACAGGCUUUUUUUGGCAAUGAUGGAAAAUUGUAUGUGUCCAUUGGAGAUGGGGGAUCACUUGAUAACAAAAAUAUUUCGUUUGCUCAGAGCAGUUUGAGUCUACUUGGUAAAAUUUUACGAAUUAACAUUGACAAGACUGAAGUAGUGGAUGACCAUCUUCUGUUUUACUCAGUACCUGAUGACAAUCCUUUCGUAGGAAACGCGUCAUGGAGACCAGAAAUUUUCGCACUUGGAGCCAGAAAUAUGUGGCGCUGUAGUGUUGACAAAGGAACUGGUUAUUUAUACUGUGGUGAUGUUGGUGAUACAGACACAGAAGAAAUUAACUUAAUUAAAUCCGGAAAAAAUUAUGGGUGGAACAUAUUUGAAGGUUCUGUUGCUAAUAUUAACAGAACAAAAAAUGAAGCAAUAGCAAACGAAGGUCCUAUAUAUAGUUACCCACAUGGUGAUAUGGGACAUGCUGUAGUAGGAGGCUAUGUCUAUAGGGGAAAGGCAUUUUCAAGUCUUUUUGGACAGUACAUGUUUGGUGAUUAUGUUUCUGGAAAGUUGUUUAGAUUAAAAUUGAACGAGUCCAAUAGUAAAUUUAAUUUUGCACAAUGUACACAAAAUAAAUGUCCAUGUGAUGCCCGAGACAAACCUGGGAAAUUUCUACAAUCAUUCUCAACUGAUAAUGAAGGUGAACUUUUAUUAUUAACGAAACAGAAAGGAGAGAUUCUGAAAUUGAUACCACCUUUAAGUGCCGUGACCACGUGCGGAUCCUGCCAGUUGUUGCCGAGCACUGUGGUUUUACUGUGCUCAUCUGUUAUAGUAACAAUGUUAUACAGUAUCUAGCCUACACUGAAUACUAUAGUUAUGAAUUAUUAAGUUUAGUGCAUACUAAUGCGGCGUAUUUAUAUUUUUAAAUUUUAUUAGUUUUCAUGUAUCUUCCAAAGGUAUUAGUCAAGAAUCUUUACAUAGUAUUUUUUUAUAUGACCGCAAUUUUCAAGAGUCUUAUAAUGGUAUAGUUGUAAUCAUUAUUAUGCACGCAUUGUAGGAGAUACCUCCGUUUAAUGUUCAUGUGUUCCAGAUUGAAAUCACUCCCAUGUUGGUUUUUUUAUCUGUCGACUCUAGAUAACUACACGCAGUGAAAUCAUAUCGUUCGUUUUCAUUCAUAUAAAUAAAGAAGAAACAUGUAUGUGUCCCGGUGCCGGAUUCUCUUCAAUGAGACAAUUGGCUCUUUUUUGUUAUUUUUCAAUGAAUUUAGUAUUAUUUUUGUUUAAAAAAAAGAUUUCAUACUUUUAUAUGUAAAUAUUUUAGGCCAAUGUACGGCAAAUUUUGGCUACGAAGUGGAAGUUAUAUUUGAAAAUAGAGAUUAUAUUUAUGUAGCAAUUGGCAAAACUCAGGCCUUUUAUAUAUUAUUUUUUUUUUACUUUUUAUUUUCUAUUUCAAUACAGUCUGGGUGAACUAUGUAUGUAUUUGUACAUGCAAACUGCAUGAGGAUGAUUAUUUCUGAAAUCCUUAACCAAAUCUCAAAACACCAAUGAAUAAAUACCGUGUUUAUAAAAUCUUGAAAAUUCAAGGUUGUAGUUACUUCAUGAAACUUUGUUUUUAAGCAUUUCCUAACAUUUUUCAAAAGUUCAGUGUCGAAACAUAAUUUCAUUAUUUCGUUCUAUUGUUUCUUUUGGGUUAAUUAUAUUUUCUUUUUGGUUCAUACUAAGUAUUUGAUUGACGUAUUUUUCAUCAAGAUGUAAAAUCAUGCACCAUUAUUGUUAUAAGUUCAUUGCUUCCAUACUAAUUUGUAUACAUUUAACAAACGUUUAUACAUGUUUAAUACAUUAUAAUAUAAUUUACGAUUUGCCCUUUUAUGAAUGAACGAAUGAAGAUAGACUCUAUUAAGCGAUGACUUAUCUUUUAACUGUGUACAUGAUUCGUAUCAUUAUGUAUAAUGUACAACACUUGUAUAAAUUCAUUGGACUAUGUUGAGAUUGAUUUUAAAAAGUAAGCUUAAUAAAGUGAGUUUGUGUUGUU